UGUGACACUUGUAAUACAACUUUCUUCCGUCUCUCAAGUCGGAGAAUUCUCACCGGGCAGGGGACGACGAUGAGAAGGGUUUCAUCGAUUUCUUCUCCUCUCUCACGACCCUUCCUUCGAAAGACAAUAAUCUUUGGAGCCUCUAAGUUCCAGAUAAAUUUAGUUCGCUGUUUCUGUGAUCCAUCACAGUUUCGUCCCACAAAACGUGCAGGACCACUUACACUCUAUAAGAGUCUGGUUGGGCAAGGAAAGCUUCAACAUGAUCCUCACCAGGAAAGAGUGGCUUCUGAAUUGGAAAAUCUACUGGGGAGGUUAGAACAGUAUGAGAAAGAUAUGGAGGAGUACCACAUGAAUCUGGCUAAUUGGGAGAAAAAUAGGGAAAAUGAGCGACGCAGACUUCUAAUGGAGGAAGCUGAGCUCAGACAGCAGGAUGGUGUAUGGACAGCAGUAAACAAGCAUCGAAAUAGACUUGUAGAGAGAUGGUUUUCACGGAAAAGAAAUGAGAUAGUAGAACCAGGAGUGGGGAAAUGGGUUUCGUACCUGAAUCGGGAGAAGAAGUUAGAUUCAUUGGUUGGUCGCCAUCCAGUAGCUCCUCCAGCCCCAAAAGGACUGUAUUUGUAUGGAAAUGUUGGAAGUGGGAAAACAAUGCUUAUGGAUAUGUUUUAUGGUGCGACUGAAGGCAUUGUUAAGCACCGACGGAGAUUUCACUUUCAUGAGGCCAUGCUUGAAAUACAUCAAAAUAUGCAUAAGAUAUGGAAAAAUCAAGUGGAGGAGAAGUCUUUGCAGUCUGGUAUUUCUAGCUGGAUUAUGAACCUUCCAUUUGAUGGUAAGGUGAAAGAAUGGUUGGCUGCUGAAGAAAGAUAUAAGAAAGAGAUGCAGAUAAAAAAUAUUCUUCCUGCUGUAGCAGACAAGUUUCUUGUAGACCGAGAAAUGUAUCAGAGAGGAGCUAACAUUCUUUGUUUUGAUGAAAUCCAGACUGUUGAUGUUUUCGCUAUUGUGGCCUUAUCUGGAAUUGUAAGCAGAUUAUUAAGUACUGGAACUGUUCUUGUGGCCACUAGUAACAGAGCACCAGAAGAUUUGAAUCAGGAUGGUAUGCAGCGAGAUAUCUUUCUGAAAUUUGUUGCAAAAUUGGGGGAGCACUGCCAGAAUGUCUUGGUUGGUAGUGAGAUAGAUUAUCGACGCCUUAUAGCCCAAAGAACUGUAGACCAGGUUCACUACUUCUCUCCUUUAAAUAGCCAUGCUUUUAAAGAAUUUGAGAAAAUGUGGCAUGAGGUCACCAGCCAAUUUGGAGGCAGGAUCACCACAAAGACCAUCCCUGUGAUGUUUGAGCGAAUGUUGGAGGUUCCUGACAGCUGUAAUGGGGUAGCGAGAUUUACAUUUGAUUAUCUGUGUGGCCGUCCGGUUGGGGCAGCGGAUUAUAUUGCAAUAGCCAAAAAUUAUCACACAGUCUUUAUAUCUGACAUUCCUGUGAUGAGUAUGCGUAUCCGUGACAAGGCACGAAGAUUUAUCACCCUCAUUGAUGAGCUCUACAAUCAUCACUGCUGCCUUUAUUGUACGGCAGAUUCUUCUAUUGAUGAUCUAUUCCAAGGUACAGAUGAGGGAAUGCUUUUUGACUUGGAAAGUUUCCAGUUCGAAACAGAGACAGAAGGUGGGAAACUCCGUCGAGAUGUUUUAGCAGAGGGCAGUGUGACCUCAGGUAGUGCCCCAUCUGCCAUUGUAUCCCUACUAUCUGGUCAAGAAGAGAUGUUUGCCUUCGGCCGAGCUGUGUCACGACUAAUUGAAAUGCAGACACCUUUUUACUUGGAAGGAGUUCAUUUGCUUCAUCCCUAUUUCCAGGGACAACAGUUGGAUCUAUUGAGCAAUCAUUAAUGCACCUUGCGGCUGGCAGCUAUUUUAUUCUAAAUUUAUUGUCCUCAUUUACCU